AUGAGCCCUAUCGCAACCAGCACCAGCUCAAGCUCAAGCUCAAAUUCGAGCUCAAAUACUACCCCUAAUGGUAAUGGCAGCUCUAAUACAUCUGUAGCUACAGACUCAACAGAAGUCGUCAAGCCAGUGAUUGCUAUCAUCGGAGCUGGCGUGUCAGGGCUCAAGGCCGCCCAGGUGCUGCUGGACAAGGGCUACGAGGUCGUGAUAUACGAGGCCCGGGACAGGGCCGGUGGCAGGACAUGUACAAGUGAUCGUCUGGGAAAGGAGGUCGACCUAGGGCCAAACUGGAUCCACGGCACCUCAAACAACCCCAUAGUCCCGCUGUCGCAGAUCUCGCAGUCGCAGCUGCACCAGUACUCGGACAUCUGCCCCAUCUUCACGCCCGACGGCGACGUCAUGGACCAGGCCGAGGCCGACGAGCUGCAGGACCUGCUGUGGCGCGUGAUUGAGCGCGCCGUCGAGUACUCCAAGGGCUGCUACACCGCCAUCCCCGCGGACAAGUCGUUCUACGACUACUGCGUCGAGAAGGCGGAGGAGCUAUUUGGGUCGAGCCCCGACACGGUCACGGUCGGUGACCGGGAGCAGCAGGAGAGUGCGGCGGGGAUGGUGGAUGGCGGCGGAAAGGGAGGGGUGAGGAGGGGUGCCAUGAGCAUUGUGAAGAGGCAGAGUCUGAAGUUUUUCUUCUUGGAGGAGCCUUUGGAAGGACCAAAUCUCUUUGUUGCGAGCACUUAUAAGCUCAUGAUUCAGACUUUGUUGAGACCGGUAUUGGGCGCCAAUAUCCUCAAGCUCGACACGCCCAUUGACGAAAUCACAACCGUCACCGAGGACGGCCGGAAACGGGUGUUCCUCAGCAGUCUUCGAAAGCCGCAGGAGAACCGUCUGGUGGACGGAGUGAUCGUUACUACACCUCUAGGCUGCCUAAAGCGUGACAUGAUCAAAUUCCAGCCACCUCUUCCCCAGCGGAUAAAAGACAGCAUCAGCUCCCUGAGCUACGGCAACCUCGAAAAGGUAUACAUCAAGUUCCCGCGCGCCUUCUGGGGCUCCGACGGCCCCGACUUCUUCACCUUCCUCGCGCCCACCUACGCCCCCACCACCAACCCAGGCCACUGGCACAUGUGCUGCUUCUCGCUCGCCCACCUCCCGGGCGACUGCGCACAGCCCACCCUCCUCUUCUACGUCUUCGGCCCCAUCUCCGCCCACCUCACCGGCACCCUCCCCCCCGCCACCACCCCCGAAGGCCGCACCCAAUACCUCUCCUUCUUCGCCCCCUACUUCUCCAAGCUCCCCAACUACUCCCCCACCUCCCCAGACUGCACCCCCACCGACCUCGUCGCAACAGAGUGGUCCCGCGACCGCUGGGCCGGCUACGGCUCAUACUCAAACUUCCAGGUCGGCCUCACCGCCGGCGGCGACGACAUCGAGGCGCUGCGCGACGGCGUGCCCGAGCAGCGCCUCUGGUUUGGCGGCGAACACACCGCGCCGAUACUCGGCCUUGGCAGCGUUAGCGGCGCGUACUGGUCCGGCGAGGACGCGGCGGAGAAGGUGGGGGCUGCGUUUGUUGCGCCGGGCGCGGCGGCGGCGGCGGUGGCGGUGAGGGGAGAUGAUGAUGCGAGGAAUGGGUGUAGGAGUGGUGUGCAGAAGAGUGGGAGGACAAAUUGGUAUGGGAAGACGGUGCAUGAUGGGCCUGCUGCUGCUGCUGCGGCGGCGGCGGCGGCGGCGGGGCAGUUGGCGGCUUAG